GCGGCGGAACGGCUCUUUCCUCUCGCUCCCAGCCGCCAUGGCGAAUUUAAUGCCUCCCGGCUGCUAGCUCGCCAAGACGCCAACCAAUCCCAUCUUCCCCGGCGCGCGAGCUGCUCUAGCCUGACGAUGGCGCUGCUGAGGGGAUGCCUCUGCAGAUCCGAGGAAGACUUCAGAGGGCUUCGCAACUUGGAGAACCUCCGGUUGUUCUCGUACAAGGAGAUCAGAGCGGCAACGAACAACUUCGACCGGAGUAACAAGCUGGGCCGAGGUGGCUUUGGAACUGUGUACAAGGGAGUAUGGGGAGAUGGCACCGCAUUUGCUGCAAAGGUUUUGUGUUCUGAAUCCGAGCAGGGGAUCAAGGAAUUCCUAGCUGAAAUCGAGAGCAUUUCUGAAGCCAAGCACGCGAACCUCGUCAGGCUGCUGGGCUGCUGCAUCCAGAGGAAGAACAGAAUCCUCAUCUACGAAUACCUCGAGAACAACAGCCUUGAUCAUGUGUUGCAGGGGAACGGAGCGACGCGCCUGACUUGGAGCACGAGGGCGGACAUCUGCGUGGGCACUGCCAAGGGGCUGAGCUAUCUGCACGAGGAGCACGAGCCGAACAUCGUGCACAGAGACAUCAAAGCCAGCAACGUCCUUCUCGACAGAGACUACAGGCCGAAAAUCGGAGAUUUUGGGCUGGCAAAGCUGUUUCCGGACAAUGUUACGCACAUCAGCACAGGCGUGGUCGGAACGUGCGGGUACUUGGCGCCUGAGUAUUUUGUGCACGGGCAGCUGACCAAGAAGGCCGACGUGUACAGCUUCGGGGUGCUUGUCCUCGAGAUCAUCAGCGGGAGGAGGAUCUCGCAGACGAUCCGCUCAGACAUGUUCCUGGUGCGAGAGGCGUGGGUGCUGCACCAGCAGGGCAGCCUGCUGGACAUGGUGGACGCGCGCAUGGAGGGCUACCCGGAGGAGGAGGCGCUGCGGUACCUCAGGGUGGGGCUGGCCUGCACGCAGGCGGCGCCCAGCAGCCGCCCCACCAUGGGCCAGGUGGUGGCCCUCCUGUCGCGGCCCGUCGCGCUGCACGAGCACGAGGCGGCGAUGAUGCGCCCGCGAGCACCGCGCGGCCCCGGACGGCCCGAGCGCACUCGUGCAAACGUCGGCGAAGGCGAGGUGGCCGCCGCCGCCGCCGCCCGCGGAGGAGGAGCCGGCCGUGUGCUCUGCCUCGUUCACGUACAGCGAGGUUGCUCCGAGGUAGGCAGCUUCCUAGCUGCCUCAGGCACACUGUAG